AAGGGUGAGGGGGCGGACGGACGCGAAACCACAAUUCCCGGCAGGUCGCGCGCUGGCGCCGUGGAGACUGCCGGGAGAGUGGGUCUCCGUUCUUCUCCAAUGUGCGGGGCUGCGAGGGAGCCGGCCUUGCUGCAAAACCGAAGUCGCCGAAUGAUGAUGUUGUGAAGUCGCCUGGCCGUCCCUGCCACGCCCGGGCGGUUACUGCCAGCCGCGGCCGCUUCGGCUGCGGCUCUCAGGCUGCCGCCGCUUUAGAUCCUAUUCCCUGAGGGAGAGCGGGCGGAGGACGUCGGGCCAUUCCCAGAAGAGAGAAACCAAGAAAUUGAGCACGGAGGCCUGUUAAGAGGUCAUGACUCUCCAGGGUAUGAUAAUCACAUGAGAACACUCAUUGCUGCAGAUGUCAUUUGACUCAUCCAAAAAAAGCUGUUUUAAAGAAAAUAGCAGUACGGCCAGAUCCAUUUUGUUAUUGAAUGGCUUGAUGGAUUUCCUUUACUCUGAUUCAUACCAAAGCUGCCCUUGUCAACCAAAGCAAGAAAGGAUCCUGCAUGAAUCAAUCACAGAAUGCCAUUUUUACAUCACCAACAGGUGAAGAAACCCUCAUGAAUAGCAAUCACAGAGACUCAGAGAGUAUCACUGAUGUCUGCUCCAAUGAGGAUCUCCCUGAAGUUGAGCUGGUGAGUCUGCUGGAAGAACAGCUACCCCAGUAUAAGCUAAGAGUAGACUCUCUCUUUCUGUACGAAAAUCAAGACUGGACUCAGUCUCCACGCCGGCAGCAGCAUGUGCCUGAUGCCCUCUCUCCGGUCCUUGCUGAAGAGACUUUCCAUUAUAUGAUUCUAGGCACAGACAGAGUGGAGCAGAUGACCAAAACUUACAAUGAUAUCGACAUGGUCACACACCUCCUGGCAGAGAGAGAUCGUGAUCUGGAGCUAGCUGCUCGAAUUGGACAAGCUCUCUUAAAACGGAACCAUGUCUUGUCUGAGCAGAAUGAAGCUCUGGAGGAGCAGCUGGGACAAGCCUUUGAUCAAGUUAAUCAACUACAGCAUGAGCUGUCCAAGAAAGAUGAAUUACUUCGAAUUGUCUCUAUUGCUUCUGAAGAGAGUGAAACCGAUUCCAGCUGUUCUACACCCCUCCGGUUCAAUGAGUCCUUCAGCUUAUCCCAAGGUUUGCUGCAGUUGGACAUGCUGCAAGAAAAACUCAAGGAACUGGAAGAGGAGAAUAUGGCUCUUCGAUCCAAGGCUUGUCACAUAAAGACAGAAACUAUUACCUAUGAAGAGAAGGAACAACAGCUUGUCAAUGACUGUGUUAAAGAACUUCGUGAAACAAAUGCUCAGAUGUCCAGAAUGACUGAAGAAUUAUCUGGGAAGAGUGAUGAACUCAUUCGGUACCAGGAAGAGAUCUCCUCUCUCUUGUCUCAAAUUGUGGAUCUUCAACACAAAGUUAAAGAACAUGUGAUUGAGAAGGAGGAACUGAGACUUCACCUACAAGCUUCCAAAGAUGCCCAAAGACAGCUGACAAUGGAGCUGCAUGAGUUACAGGACAGGAACAUGGAGUGUCUGGGAAUGUUACAUGAAUCCCAAGAGGAAAUAAAGGAACUUCGAAGUAGAUCCGGCCCUGCUGCUCAUCUCUACUUCUCACAGUCAUAUGGAGCCUUUUCUGGGGAAUCUUUGGCAGCUGAGAUUGAGGGGACCAUGCGUAAAAAGUUGAGUUUGGAUGAGGAAUCUUCUCUCUUUAAACAAAAAGCCCAACAGAAACGGGUAUUUGACACUGUCAAGGUUGCCAAUGACACACGGGGCCGCUCCGUCCCAUUUCCAGCUCUACUCCCCAUUCCAGGCUCCAACCGUUCAAGUGUCAUCAUGACAGCAAAGCCUUUUGAGUCCGGUUUACAACAAACAGAGGACAAAACACUCCUGAAUCAGGGGAGCAACUCAGAAGAGGUUUCAGAGAACAGACAGAAGGUGGGUCGACCAGGACAGUCUGGAGAUACUGAUUUGGCUACAGCACUGCAUCGCCUGAGUCUGCGGCGACAGAACUACUUAAGCGAGAAGCAGUUCUUUGCUGAGGAAUGGGAGCGGAAGAUCCAGGUUCUGGCAGACCAGAAAGAAGCGGCUAGUGGCUGUGGUACCCCCACGGAGAGCCUUGCCUCUCUCUGCACUGACCAGUCGGAGAUCACAGACCUCAGCAGUGCCAGUUGCCUUCGAGGUUUUAUGCCUGAAAAACUACAAAUUGUCAAGCCCCUUGAAGGGUCACAAACUUUGUACCACUGGCAGCAGCUCGCCCAACCAAAUUUAGGAACCAUUCUUGACCCACGACCAGGAGUCAUCACGAAAGGUUUUACCCAGUUGCCCAAGGAUGCCGUCUAUCACCUCUCAGAUUUGGAAGAGGAUGAAGAGGAAGGUAUCACUUUCCAAGUGGAACAGAAACCUUCAGCAUCCACGCCAGGAACGGGAAUCUUCCUUCCAGCCAUUACUUCAGCUGCUGGUCCAGUUACAGUUGCAACCUCAAACCCAGGCAAGUGUCUGUCAUGCACAAACUCGACAUUCACCUUCACCACCUGUAGGAUAUUGCAUCCUUCUGAUAUCACUCAGGUUACCCCCAGCUCUGGGUUCCCUUCAUUAUCCUGUGGAAGUAGUGGGAGCAGUUCAUCAAACACAGCGGUGAAUUCUCCUGCUAUGUCCUACAGACUCAGCAUUGGUGAAUCUGUUACCAACCGACGAGAUUCCACUAUAACCUUCAGUAGCACCACGAGCUUGGCCAAACUUCUACAAGAGCGAGGCAUUUCCGCUAAAGUGUAUCACAGCCCAGUUUCAGAGAGCCCCCUCCUCCAGCCUGUCCCGAAAGCCCUGGCUAUUCCUUCGACACCACCAAAUUCACCAUCUCACUCACCUUGCCCUUCUCCUUUGCCCUUUGAGCCUCGAGUGCAUCUCUCCGAAAAUUUUUUGGCCUCCCGACCAGCCGAAACAUUCCUCCAGGAGAUGUAUGGUUUGAGACCUACCCGGAACCCGCCUGAUGUUGGUCAGUUGAAGAUGAACUUAGUGGACAGGCUCAAGAGACUGGGGAUUGCCAGAGUGAUCAAGACCCCUGAUGCACAGGAAAAUGGAAGAAGCCAAGAGGCAGAGAUUGGUCUUCGAAGACCGGACUCUGCUGUUUAUUUAAAUUCAGGUAGCAAUUUAUUGAGUGGACUGAGGAGGAAUCAGAGUCUUCCAGUCAUGAUGGGUAGCUUGGGCACCCCAGUUUGCACAACCUCCCCAAAAAUGGAUAUCCUGAAGGAAGACUGAGGUUCAGCAGUUAACUGACCUCUUAGACAAAUUAACACAUGAAGGAUGGAUUUGCACUGAUACCUGUAGUCUGGUCUGACUGAGAGACAAGGAAUGUUGCAGAUGGGUUGUGAAUGUCGAAAGGGGAAAGUGGAAGAAUGGAAACAGAAUUGGGACGAGGCCCUAAUGAAUGAGGUCUAAUUAACUGAAAGCAUAAAUGAAUGGGUCAUGAAACUUUGGAGGCAGAUACAGAGGAAGGGUUUAAUAUACUUCUUCAGUUGGGUGUUCCUAUCUUGAGAAUAAAAAGUGACUGGACAAUAAAUUCAGUAAUAUCAAAAUAUACCAGUUAUACUGAACUUGCUAGCACAUUGCCUUCUAGUAAGCAAAAGCAGCAAGAACCCAGGUUAGGCAAUGGGAAGAAAAAGGGAGCAGCUUUGACCACUGCCUAUAAACAGCUGAACCGCAGGGUUGCUGAGCUAAGCCCCAUCUGUUCCUGAGACAAAUGAGAUGGCUCUUGUGUUUUACCCUGUUAAGUUCUGCUUGAAUUACAUAUCCAUCAAAUGGUAUGUACACAGCAGUAGCAAACAAGGAAUUUUAUCUUUUUCUUAAAAUCAGAAUAGUGGAAACUCCCUUUUGCUUUCUGUUUUCAAGCCUCUGAGCCACUGGGAGCCCAAAUACAACCCACAUUCCUUUUGUAUUUGUGAUAAUAAAAGAUCAUUUUUAAAUGUGUAUUUUUAGACAACACCUCCAAAAAAACAACAUGAAUUGGGGGUAGGAAGGAUUUACUUUAAGAAGGAAAAUAUGGGUAAGUUGGAACCAAGGAUACUUGUGUUCAGAAUAUUUCUUUUAGAUAAAGACAGUGGCCAAGGCGUGUGAACACAAUUACAUGUCUUUAUGUCCUUGGAGGCUGGAAGGGGUUAAACCCGAAGUGCAAUCAAUAGGAUUUAGGGAUUGUUGUGUAUUUAUGUCUGUACGUUUUUUUCGUAGGGAGAGUUAGUUGCAACUAAACUUUUUCCAAAGUGCUAUGCAUAUUUUUUCAUUGAAGAUGACAUGUAUUUGCACAAAAAUUCUCAGGCAUAUUAAAUUAUUAUAAGCUAAAGUAAAACCCAGGUGCUUGCUUUCAGAUUGUGGUUUUUUUAAUGUAAAAUUAAAGCACAUCAGCCUUUUUCUUGACCUCUGUAGAAUUAGAGAAUGAACUUUUAUAAUGGGAAAGUCAAAGCUUUUGCUUUUUUUUCUGGGAUUCCUCCUUUUUUUUUUUUUUUUU